AUGUGGCCCCCUCAACUCCAAGUGACAGAGGAGCCAAGGAUCAAGCGACCACAAGCCUCUCACCUUGCCUUGCAGCGGGACCUCCAGGCCAAGCUGGCGCUGCGCUACGACGAGAUCUCCAAGAGAAGCCAGCCGCCCCCUCGGCUCCCGGUGGGCCCCAGCCACAAGUUCGCCGAUAACUAUUAUUGCAGCCGGGAUGGGAGGCGAGAGUCGCUCCCGCCCAUCGUGGUGGUGGCGGGGCAGAAAACCCUGCCUGCGGGGGCUCAGGCUGGCAGUUCAGGCUCUGCAGUGACAGCAGCUGAGAAAAAACCAGUGACACCAGGACCACCACUUAAGAAGUGGGAAAUUUCAAAAGACCAGCCUUAUUUGUGA